ACCUAAAUUUAGAAAGAAAAAGAUAUUUUUAGAUUUCCAAAGAAAUAUGACAUCGUGACAUCAAACUGACAAUAUUUGAAUAUUAACGAUAUUAACUUACUUAUAAUUAAAACUAAAUUAUAAACUUUAGACAAGUGAUACUCAAUCAAAAUGGGUAAUUUAAUGGGAACUCUUAAAACAUUACAUUUGGAUCUCAGGAGUAACGACAAGCCAACCUUUGAUGCUAAGAAAGGUUUUGGUUACACCCGAGCCCAAAGAAAAAUGAUCGCUAAGGACGACGAUUUAAUAUCCGCUCGUAUUCCUCCUAAGUUCAGAGACUAUUGCGCUCAUCUCUUGUUGGACUAUCAAGUUUGUCGCUACAAGAACGUACCGUUAAUGUAUAAAUGCCAUAAGGAGAGACAUUCCUAUUUGAACUGCGAACAUGAUGAUUAUGUCAUAAGAAUGCAGGAAUUCGAGAGGGAAAGGAGAUUGAGAGAACGAGAGUUGCGUCUAAAAAGUGAUAAAAAAUAAAUCACAUAAAAUUCA